UGGCUAGGUUUUACAGCGUGAGAAAAAAAAAAAACUAAUAAGAGAUGUAUUUUUUGAGUGAUUUAAGUCUUUAUGAUUGGUACAUGGGGAUAUAAUUAUAGACAUUUCAGAUCUUUAACUUACUGAAAACCUCAUACGUUGUUUUUGUGAAUUACUGAUCAGCCAAAUAAAAGUAAAAGUUACUUUAAAAGCUUCUGGGUAAUUUAAACUAUCAUUAAGCUACUUAACUAAAUUGCAUCAAUUUAUUCAACCUUUUAUACUCCAAAGUACAUUUGACUGAUUUAAUUUGAGUAUUUAUAACAAAUAGAUUAAAAUGAAGUUAUAGCUGCUAAAUAUAUUCAAUUAAAGCCAAUAUUACAUUUUACAGUGUGACAUUUACUCAUGGCCUAAUCCAUGUGAAUUUAUUUAAUUAAUAAAACAACCCUUAAUUCCUCCCACAGAGCUGUUUUACACUGACUAUCUGCAAACUGUCAGUCACCCAUGACUGUGACCUACACAGCCAGGGUUGCAAACGCCCGAUUCUGCGGCUUCUCUAAGCUGCUUUUAGCCUGGAAAGGCAGCAUCUACAAGGUGCUUUACAAAGAGUUCCUGGCUUUCUUUGCCAUGUAUACUGCCAUCAGCAUUACUUACAGAUUUUUCCUAUAUGAUGACCAGAAGAGGUAUUUUGAAAAACUGGCAAUUUAUUGCAACCACUAUGCCAGCCUCAUCCCCAUGUCCUUUGUGCUGGGUUUCUAUGUGACCCUGGUGGUGAACCGCUGGUGGAGCCAGUACACCAGCAUCCCGCUCCCCGACAGGUUGAUGUGUGUCCUGUCGGGGGGCCUCCAGGGGUCAGAUGAACGUGGCCGCCUGCUGAGACGCACCAUGAUGCGCUAUGCCAGUCUGUCUGCCUUGCUCAUUCUCCGCUCUGUCAGCACUGCCGUCUUCAAACGUUUUCCGACCAUGGACCAUGUGGUAGAGGCUGGAUUCAUGACAAGGGAGGAACGAAAGAAGUUCGAGGGUCUCCACUCUCCUUAUAACAAAUACUGGAUCCCAUGCGUGUGGUUCACUAACUUGGCCGCCUUGGCUCGCUGUGAGGGCAGAAUCAAAGACGAUCAUACUCUCAAGCUACUACUGGAGGAGCUGAACGGAUUCAGAGGGAAGUGCAGCAUGCUUUUUCACUACGACAUGAUCAGCGUGCCCCUGGUGUACACGCAGGUGGUGACGUUGGCGGUGUACAGUUUUUUCCUGGUGUGUCUGAUUGGUCGUCAGUUCCUGGACCCCAAUCAGGGUUAUCCUGGUCAUGACCUGGACCUCUAUGUGCCCAUCUUCACCCUGCUCCAGUUCUUCUUUUAUGCUGGAUGGUUGAAGGUUGCAGAGCAGCUGAUCAACCCUUUUGGAGAAGAUGAUGAUGACUUUGAGACAAAUUGGCUGAUUGACAGAAACUUCCAGGUGUCUAUGAUGGCGGUGGAUGAAAUGUACGGAGAUCUGCCGAUGAUGGAGAGAGACCGUUACUGGGACGACUCCAAUCCGCGGCCACCUUACACAGCAGCCACUCUCUUUGUUCUUCGCAAACCCUCCUUCCAGGGGUCCACUUUUGACAUGGCGAUCCCUAAGGAGGAGAUGCACUUUCAGCCUUUAGAGGAAAUUGCUGAGAACAUGGAGGAGUCAGGCACCCGCCACCCCAACAUGGCCCUCUUCAAUCGCCUACUCAAUGCAGCCCCGUCCCCUUCUGGCUUUAUGGGGGGGGCCCUUCGCCGCACCUCAGCUCAGCUCCAGAGGCUGCACCACUCACCCAGUAUUGACCAAUGCAUUAGUGAUGACGAAGAUGAGGACAGUUGCAAAAUUGGUAAAGGGGGGUCUUUGCCAUCAGGGCUGGGGCAGGACACCCAGAGCACAGUAUGCAGCUUCAGGGAGGAGACGAGUGUCAGAACACCUCUGCUGGAGAUUCAGUUUGGGAAGGAGCAGGACAGACGAGGAGGGACCCCUCCCACCGGUAAGGUGAGUGAAGAAGAAAGCAAAACUAGUGAAGAAAGGCUGGUGAGAGAAAGAGUGAAAGCAGAGAAGGGGGAGAGCUCCAGAGUUCCUGUUUCACUGCUUCCUCCCCCACCUCAGUCCUCCAGAGAGUCAUCUACUCGACCGGCCUCUGCCAUCCCCAUCACCUCCCGCCACCCCUCUGCCUUCCUGUUUCACCCUGCUGGCCAGUCCAGCCUGGAGCACUGCAGCUCCCAGCCAGCUAUCAGUCACCACCGGGCUCUACCUUCCAUCCCCAAACCAUCUCUUGGUGGAAAUAAAAUAUCUCUUCUCACUGUGCCAUCUUACAACGAGCAGCAGCGUUUUCGCAGUGUGAGCAUGGGCUCAGAGUUCAUGGGGUCUUAAAUGGGUCAUGAUGUUCACAUGAAAUUUUGACUGUGUGAAACUUAGAUGGUAUUGAAUACACAUUUUCAUGAGUUAAAUGAGUAAUUCAAACGGGAAUUCCAUCUGAGACCUGACAGCACCUUUAAGGCCACACAGUUCUUUGGAAACCAAUUCAUAAUGAAAUCCACUCCCUGAUUUUGUCAUAAAAACUUUUGCUGAAUCCUGAAACACAAUUAAAACAAUCAUGUUUUCUGGAAAGGUGAGAAAUGUUUAUAUAUGUGGGUCCUAUCUAUUGACUUUAAAGGUAUACAAUUUACAUUUAGGAAAAUUUAUGUGUUUAUCAAAUGUUUGCAACAAGAAAACUUCAAUUUAAUCUCUGUAAAUUCAUCACAGUGACUACAUCUUUGUUGUUUAGCAUAGCUUAAUAAGGAUACUGAAAGCAGAGGGGAAUGACCAACAUUUUAUUGUUUAAGGAAAAGAAGAGAGGAAGCUCAAGUUUCCUAAUUUGCAUAUUGUAUACGUCUACAAAUUACUCAUCAGCAGUUGUAAAAGCA